GCACUCGGCUCGCAGGACGGAGUGAACUGCUCGUGUGAGCAGUCAUUAUUUUCCUGGAUUUCGUAGUGUACGCGUCGCCCAUUGCGCGAGGAUACGUGGCCGCGCGAGGUGAUCGAUUCCCGACGGAGGCGCAGUCUGACCCGCCGUGCCCGUGAAUCACUCGUUUUGGUCCUCCUCGUCGGUCGGGCCCGACGCGAUCCAGUUCCGCACACGCAUAUACACGCACAGUGUCUGUGUACAAAUAUUCAUUGUUGGUUUAUAAAAGUGCAGUGCGAUUAAUUAGUGGAAAACCAAAUGGUUGUGCUCGAAGAAGGCAGUAUGCUGACUACUGGACACAAUCAGUAUUUACAACCGGAUUACCUUUCGCCGCUUUCAGCUCCGUUGGACGCGAAAAAAAGUCCGCUGGCGUUAUUAGCGCAAACAUGCAGCCAGAUCGGGGCGGAUUCACCCACGAAACCGCUGAUCUCGCCUCUGGAGAAGAGCUCAAAGGGAAUGAGUCUCGCGACGAACGCGAAAUCGCCGCCGGCCGCGAAAUUGGAGCGCAACACCCGCGGCAGUCCGACGGACGGCAAGUCGCUGGCAUUCAAGCCGUACGAGACUAACGUCGUGACGAAGAAGACCUCGGACGAGGGUAGACCGACCUCUAAAGCCAGUGUACAUAGUGCCAGUGGUCAGGAUAGUGUCAGUGUCAGUGAUUGCACGCAUCUCGACAAAAAAUCGUCCGCCGGUAAUCGUACGCCGGUGAGUCGAAAGUCCGCGUCGCCGAGCAGCCAAGCGACGGCAACGACGACCAGCAGCGGCACGCCGUCGGUCGAUCGGAAGACUCCGGCGGACCGCGAGAAGACCGACAGUUCACCACGGAGCGGCAACAGCAGCAGCAGCAGCAGCAGCAGUAACAACAACAAUAACAAUGGCGCCAGUCCAAUCAUCAGAUCGGGAAUGGAGAUUCUGUCGGGGGCGCACACAAAGGACGCGAAUCUGGCAUACAAAACGGGUCUUCCAGGAUUCGCUGGCAAUCCGCUGUGCUGUCCACCGGGUCUCGCCGAGAAUCCGGCGUUCAGGCCGCCGUUCGCGGGCGCGUCGCCCUUCUCGCAUCACGCGGCGGCGCUGCUGUCCGUCGGCUAUCCGUCGGCGGGCCCAACCAGCGGCAACCCCUACUUGAGUUACGCUCGCGUCAAGACUCCCGCUGGCGGUGAGGCCCUGGUGCCGGUCUGCAAGGAUCCCUUCUGCACUGGCUGCCAGUACAGUAUGCACAACGCCCAGAUCAUGAUGGGCGCGGGCAGCUGUCCGAGCGGCUGCACGCAGUGCGACCAUCAGAAGUACGGGCUGGCGAUGGCGUUGUCGUCCCUGGGCCCGAUGCCGCCACCGUCGCUUUCCUAUCCGUCCACGCUGGCCGCCAGCGGCCGGAUACCCUUCGUCUGCAACUGGAUCGUCGGCGAGUCAUACUGCGGCAAGCGAUUCGCCACGUCGGACGAGCUGCUCCAGCAUCUACGCAGCCACACGAGCAUGACCGGAGGCGAUCCCGCGGCGGCGGCGGCAGCGGCGGCCUCCGCGGCCGCGCUUCUCGGCAAUCCGCAUCCGCAUCCGCUGCUGUCGCCCUCGACGAGCCUUCACCGCGCCGCCAGCGGCGGCUCUUACCCGGCGCCGUCGUUGAGCCCGCUCGGCGCUCGAUAUCAUCCGUAUGGCAAGCCGCCGACGGGUCCUCUACCAGCCUCGCUCGCCGCCUCGCCGUACAGCGCUUUCAACGCCUUAGGACCUUAUUACUCGCCGUACGCGGUUUACGGCCAGCGAAUCGGCGCUGCCGUGCAUCCCUAAGAUGGAUUUAUUAUCGCGGGAAGGGCAGGGCAGGGAGGGUGAGAGACAGGGGGGAUGAUACGUAAGGAUCUUUCGGACGAGCCCUCCUCUCGUCCUCCCUCCCUCUCUCUUUCUCCUUUGUCUCUUUCAUUUUCUCUCAGUGUAUGUACAAUCGGAGAAUGUGCAAAAAUUAUGAUACGCGGAACAAGUAUCUGCUAUCCGAGACUGUUGUGUAAAUAGCCACUGUGUAUAAUACAGAUUUAUUUAAAAGAAUUCUAUAUAUGUAUAUAUAAAUAUAAAUAUAUGUGUACAUUGAAGAUUAUGAUUAAAGUUUAUGAAACAACUUGACAGUGUUAACGUUGCAUCGCGAGACCAUUCUCUCGCGGAACUUCUAUGAUACCAGUAAUACGCAUCUCUAUUAAAAUCCGGUUACCAUGUAGGGGGAAGGAUUACAUGCCAGCUGUAAGUUUAACAUUGUCGCAACUGUCGGUCACACGGACGAAAGCCUCGCGCCUACGCGGGAUUCAAGAGCUACGGGCGACUACUCCUGACUAUACGUCCGAAUCGCGUGCCGUUUUCAGUUCUUCGUUACAUGUCGUCCUUGCGUUUUAUUCGUACAGGCGAUUCGUUAUUCGGCGAAGAUAACACUGUGCGUACUACUGUAUGUUUCCCGACGCUCCGCAAACGCGAGUCUUUCGUACUAAAUGCGUUCGAUAGCGCGCGGCACCACAGACGGACGGUCGCGCGAUAAUUCUAUGUCCAUGAUAUAACUGUGAUAUUACGCUACUCUCUUCAAGGAAAACGAGAAAGGGAUUAUUAUUAUUAACGAACGUGUCUAUGAUAUAUCUCCGAGAGAAAACACAAACACGUUGUAAUUUAUUAUCGUUAGAUAUGUAAGGAAGAUGCCGAAUGCCGUUGCAAAAGGAAAAACGAAAAUAAUAUUAACGAAGAGAAUCUGUUUUAUUCUAUUUGUUUUUUUUUUUUUUUUUUUUUCAAAAUUCAGUAAUUCGUGCUGGGAUGAUUUUUGAUCAGGGUAUAUCCGGGAGCGUAUCGGAUCGUAUCGUCUGACAUCACGUCGUCUCACGUUGUCGAAUCGAAUAUUCUAAUAAAAGAAGAGCAACAUAUGGUGUGCGAUACGUCUUAUCCGCAUUGUAAAUAUCUCUUGUAAAUAUCGUUGAGUUUCCAUACCGCUUUAAUAAAAAACAAUGUUUGUAGAAUUA